CAAUCAAAAAGUGACGUAUGUUAACAAUUUAUGGUAAUAGAUCCACAAAAGAUCCCCAAAAGAUCAAAUCGUUAAUUUGCUCUAUAAAAGCACCCUAAAUUCAUGAUAAAUUGAUUGACAUUUAUAGAAGUCUUAUAACCUAUCUUAUAUCUAAUAUAAAACAAAUCGGACUAAAAAUGUUACAAAAUUUACUUAAUUUACUCCUUACCCUUUUAUUUGUCACCAGAGUUCUUGGUCAACCAGCUCCAGCUCCAACUGAAGCUCCAGUUGAAAUUGAAAAGCGUGGUGACACUUACCUGUCACCUGUUGUUGUUGAAUCUGUCUACCAAACUGCUUGGGUUUACCCAGUUGGUAACGGUAAGUACACCACUUCCACUGCCUAUGUAACUUCUUACAAUGUGAAGUAUGUUCAAGCUAAAUACACUUCUGUUUCAACUACCAAGACUACACAGAAGACCACCAAGACUACUACUAAGACUACUGCUAAGACUACUGCUAAGACUACUGCUAAGACCACCGCUAAGACCACUGCUAAGACUACCGCAAAGACCACCGCUAAGACAACUGCAAAGACCACUGCACAUGGUGUUUACACUUCUCCAACUGCAAUUCCAACUAAGAUUACAACCAAAAUCACUUACCCAAUUGGAGGUGGUAAGACUUCAACUUUGACUGAAGUAUUUACCUCCUAUGUCAUCAAAUAUAUCACUGCUACUUAUUAAAUAGAGCUAGUGGAAAUGUUGCAUUACCAGAUGUGAAUAGAGAAGGAGAAGAAUAUGGGUAUGGCUUAUUAGUUUAUAUUAUUUUUAUUACUAUUAUUACAUAAUUCAUCAUUAAUAACUCUAACAAGGAAUUAUGCA